AUGUUGCUAUGGGAAUCAUGUGAGAGUGGAAUGAAGAACAAAGAACAGAAGGCUCAGCAUUGCAGGCAAACAACCAAUCCAGGAACGGCAGCUGCUAGCACUUCUAGGGGCUCACGCUCCUUCACCCUUUCAAUGAACCCUCGCCUGCGUUCCCGCCUGUACCGUGGCUGCUAUGGUACCAUCAUGACCAUGGAGACCUCUGCUGCUACCUGUGAUAUCACCAGGGUGAUUGCCGGCAUCUGUGGUUUUGAAAUGUUUGCUGAGAUGGAUUUGAAGGUCUUCAAGUCUUAAAUUCUAAUCAAAGAAGUCAGGCUGAGGCACUGCAUGGACCCUGCUCUCACUGCAGCCAUCAUUUCCAGAGAAAGCCACGGCGGAACCAUCCGGCAAGACGGCUGGGACCACAAAGGACUUAAAUUUGGCUUGAUGCAGUUGAUAAAAAAAAUCCAUCAACCUGUUGGUACCUGGGACAGCAAAGAACACCUUUUGCAGGCUGUUGGGAUUCUCACAGACAGAAUUAAGGCAAACCAGAAAAAAUUCCCCACGUGGACUGUGGCUCAAUACCUCAAAGGUGGUCUCUCAGCCUUCAAGUCAGGAACUGAAGCCACUGCCACCCCCGCGGACAUGACUGAUGUCAUCAGUGAUACUAUAGCUCGAGCUAAAUUCUAUAAGAGACACGGCUUCUAG